GAUUAAAAGAAAAAAUACAGUCAGUGCCAGUUUGAAAAUUAAAAUCAAAAUGAAUAUGAAGAAACUUGUUUCAAAACUAUGGCAUCAAAUAAGAAGGAAGAUAAAGAAGGGAAACAGUCAUCGUCCUGAUGAGAUAGUUGCCUCACCAGAAAUACAUCCAACGGAAUUUACGGACAGUCUUCAUUCUCAACCUAAUGCUUAUGAUAACUCAGAGCUCACAAGCGAUUCCAGUCAGCAUGCUAGACAAUCAGCAAAUACUCACCAUGAGGAGUUUCCUGAAGAAUUUAGCCAAUUGGACCUUUCAGGUUCCUCACUAAGCCUGUCAAGCUUAUACGAAGAAAAACUUGAACCAACAUCUUCUUGGCUUGAUGUAACCAUUGUGAAUGGAUCACAACUAUCUUCCAGUUUUAUGUCGUUAUCAUUAAUUGAUAGUGAGACCUUUAGUAGUCAAGAAAAUCAUUAUUUAAGCCCAUCAGAAAGUAGGUUUUUAAAUUACCAUUUUCUACCUUCCUGUAGUACCACUGACCUCUUUCCAAGCAGAACAUCUUUUGCAAUUGAAGCUUUGGAUCUAGCUCAGCAUUCAAGUACAUCCUGCUUCCACAUUAGACAAGAUGGGGAAUCUGUCUCGGGAAGAGUGUGUGUAAACCCGAGACCACAGGAGAUCAUAAUCUCUCGGAGAGAUUUGACAGGAACACAAGCCUCAUCAGCAGUAUUGGAGGAAACACCUGUUUGCCCUGAUGAGAUACUGGAUGGGAGGAACUCCACUGAAGACAUAGUAGAAAACAUAGGACAAGAGUGUCAACCUAGGCAAGCAUGUUCUGGAAGACCUGGAGGAAAACCUGAAACAUCCGGGUCACGUGUCCUUUGUUCCAGAUAUCAACAAACAGAACAACACCCUGUGAAUGGUGCUCAGCUGAUACUUGACCAGACAGAACAAAACACUGAUCAUGAUGCUCAGCUGAUACCUGACCAGACAGAACAAAACACUGAUCAUGAUGCUCAACUGAUACCUGACCAGACAGAAGAAAACACUGAUCAUGAUGCUCAACUGAUACCUGACCAGACAGAACAACACCCUGUGAAUGGUGCUCAGCUGAUACUUGACCAGACAGAACAAAACACUGAUCAUGAUGCUCAGCUGAUACCUGACCAGACAGAACAAAACACUGAUCAUGAUUCUCAGCUGGUACCUGACCAGCCAGAAGAAAACACUGAUCAUGAUUCUCAGCUGGUACCAGACCGGACAGAACAAAACACUGAUCAUGAUUCUCAGCUGGUACCUGACCAGCCAGAAGAAAACACUGAUCAUGAUUCUCAGCUGGUACCAGACCGGACAGAACAAAACACUGAUCAUGAUGCUCAACUGAUACUUGACCAGACAGAACAACACCCUGUGAAUGGUGCUCAGUUGAUACUUGACCAGACAGAACAAAACACUGAUCAUGAUGCUCAGCUGAUACCUGACCAGACAGAAGAAAACACUGAUCAUGAUGCUCAACUGAUACCUGACCAGACAGAACAAAACACUGAUCAUGAUUCUCAGCUGGUAUCUGACCAGCCAGAAGAAAACACUGAUCAUGAUUCUCAGCAGGUACCAGACCGGACAGAACAAAACACUGAUCAUGACGUUCAACUGGUACCUGACCAGACCAAACAAAACACUGAUCAUGAUGCUCAACUGAUACCUGACCAGACAGAACAAAACACUGAUCAUGAUUCUCAGCUGGUACCAGACCGGACAGAACAAAACACUGAUCAUGAUUCUCAGCUGGUAUCAGACCGGACAGAACAAAACACUGAUCAUGAUUCUCAGCUGGUACCAGACCAGACAGAGCAAAACACUAAUCAUGACGUUCAACUGGUACCUGACCAGACCAAACAAAACACUGAUCAUGAUGCUCAACUGAUACCUGACCAGACAGAACAAAACACUGAUCAUGAUUCUCAGCUGGUACCAGACCGGACAGAACAAAACACUGAUCAUGAUUCUCAGCUGGUAUCAGACCGGACAGAACAAAACACUGAUCAUGAUUCUCAGCUGGUACCAGACCAGACAGAGCAAAACACUGAUCAUGACGUUCAACUGGUACCUGACCAGACCAAACAAAACACUGAUCAUGAUGCUAAACUGGUACCGAAGCUACUUGAGCAUCAAGCUGAUAGAGGUUUUCAAAGGGUACUUGGGAAGACAGACCCACAUGCUGGACAGACAGGAAAAGGGGAACUGGAAUACACAGCUGAUUUCCAGAAGUUGCUGCCAUCUGCAGGAGGAUGUUGGAAGAUAAAAGAAAGAAGUAUAAAGAUGAUUUGCACCUGUCAGAUUAGUUGCAUUUUGUUUACAACAUUCAUGUUGUUAAAGCUUCAUCCAAGAAUGGAAUAUGUACUCCUUCAUUCCCAUUACAAGUGUUUGUACAAUGUUGCGAAGAUGUGCCUUGAAGGAAAAAAUGACGAAGCCAAAAUGUUCCUUUGGACAAAACAUGGGAAACCGCUGCCAAAAGAUUAUAAAUUGGAUUUUAGAACCGAAUUAGAAGCAGAUUGGAUAUUGAAAGUACUUGAUAUAAAGGUGUUUGAGAAGAUUUCUAGCUGCACUAAUGAGGCCUGUACUGUUGAUAAGGGAGGCACUGAAAUAGAAAAGAAAUUCCAGGACAGCAUCAAAGAGAUUUCAAAGAGAUUUAUGAAUAAGCCGUUUGUAAGCUGGCAGGAACUAAUUACUGAUUGGAGUGAUGAAAUUAUGUCUUGUCCAGAAUGCAAUAAUGGUAACAUCCAUGUUACCAGGAGACUAGACAAAGACCCACCACCACUGUUGCCAUUCCAAACCUUCUUUGAGGAAUCGGAAAAUUCUAGUGUCCAGGAAGAAGUAACACUUAAUACUUCUGCCCCUCCUGAAGGUGACCAUUCAACACCUCGACCAUCUGAGAUUUUUACAAUUAGAUCAAAAAAUCACACAAGGGAGAUUCCCUUUCCAGUUCGGCUUGAUGGUGAUGAACAGCCUGAAGAAUUUGUGAUUGGAACUCACAGGUACAAACUUCAUGCUGUUUCCUAUGCCAUCCUAAAACAAAGCACAGGAAAAGCCUAUUUACAUGAAAGAAGUAAAGUUUGGGAUGAUGUUCUUGCGCAAUGGAUGUAUUUUGAUGAAGAAGGUUGGGGUAUAAGUGAUUAUAAAAUGAAGAUGAGUGUUGACACAACUCAGGACAAAUCGUACAGAGUCGCCUACUUCAGACUUUUAUCAGUUUAAAAGUAAUAUCUUAUGUUGAGUAAGUUGCAUGUUGACAUCACAAACAAUAGGACCAUUGUCUGAUUCCUACAGAAGAUAGGUGAAUCUCUGUUCCUUGCAUAGAUUUGGGUACCACUAUUUGUCACAAAAAAUAAGCUCUCAGCCCUUCAGUGUGGACAUAACUGUGGUACACAAAUAGACUCUGAGCAUACCAAAGUAGACGCGAAGUCCUUCAGUCUGGACAUAACUGUGGUACACAAAUAGACUCUGAGCAUACAAAAGUAGACGCGAAACCCUUCAGUCUGGACAUAACUGUGGUACACAAAUAGACUCUGAGCAUACCAAAGUAGACGCGAAACCCUUCAGUCUGGAUAUAACUGUGGUACACAAAUAGACUCUGAGCAUACCAAAGUAGACGCGAAACCCUUCAGUCUGGAUAUAACUGUGGUACACAAAUAGACUCUGAGCAUACCCAAGUAGACGCGAAGCCCUUCAGUCUGGAUGUGGCCUUAUCAUGGAAUCAAGUGGGAGGGGAAGUAUUACUUCUUUACACGUCUGGUGUUUGGCUGUCAUUCCAGUCCAAAAAUUUUUGAUGGACUUUCGCAGGCCGUGUGCUGAUAGCAAGAAACAAGUACAACAUCAGUAACAUUUUACACUUGCUAGAUGACUUCUUGGUUAUUGAGCCUGCUUGUGUAAAUGCAUAUAGCACCAUGAAACGUUUUAUGUCCGUUUUUCAGACCUUAGGUAUUCCAGAAGGAGUAGCCAGACUGUGAUACCAAAAUAGGCUCAAAGCCCUUCAUAGACUGGAACACCUUACUUGUUCAGAUUGUAUUGAUGCAGACAACAUAAGUUAGCUGUUUUACUAAAAGAGUUUUCAAGAAAGCCAAUGUGUAUAGAUUUUAGUGAGAGAUCUGUUCAGGUAGAUAACAUUUGUUUAUAUGAAAUACUAAAGACAAGUAUAUUUUAUCUGCACAUCUUAAUACAGUGUUUAUUAUACUUAUCCUGCUAUAAUACGAAAGUCCAGCUUAUAACCUGAAAUUUACCAUCCUGUCACAGGAUAAUGAAAUAGAGAUUCUUUCUGAUUCCACUCAAUAUCAGACCUGUGGCUUAUUGCUGGAUAAAUACAUUAGACUUGGUACAUCAGAGUGUAGUACAUUGUCAGUAGUACUCAGAGUUUGUCAUAUAUUAAAAUAAAAUCUGAUGAUGAUAAAGGAUUAUGCUGUGCUACCUUCUAAGAUAUUUUGACAAUGAUUUUAAUAUAUCCUGUGCAUAGCAUCUGUUGGUCACCAGAACAAGACAUACCUUAACCACCAUAAUGGUUAUGUCAGCAGCUGAUGUGUUAACAAUGGAUGUUUUAAACAGCCUAGAUUUGUAGCAGUUCUGACAUACAUGUAUGUUUCAUCAAGUUUUAUAUUUUGUUUUACCUGUACUCAACAUACCAUACUUUUAAUACAUACUGGUAUUCAGUAUUGUAACAAGUUGGUGUUGUGAUUUCAAAAUAUCAUUGAUUUUUUUUUAUCAUUUUCGAAUCUACAGACACUACUAAUUUAUCAUUUACCCUGAAAUAUUGACUUCAAUUUACAUCUCAUGCAGUGUUAUCCUCCAGGUCACUCCAUUAAAGUGUACCCUGAGAGGUCAGCUAUGUUGACCUUGAAAAAUAGUUCUGCACAUAAAAUAGCUAUGACCUAGAUAACAGACUAUUGAUAAUAGGCAGUGAUGCGAUGUAAUAUGUUUUUAUUACAACAAGUACAAGGUGAUAUGUCAUCUAUUUCAUAUUUUAUAAUCAAGUUACAAACAUAUUAAAAUUGCUUUACAACACAAUAAUAAUAAUGAUCAUUUUUGCACAAUCCCUAACUAUCAUAAACAAUUUCAUUUGAUGUUUUAUCCUGGCUUCAUUUAACAUGAUAUAUACACAGGCACUGAUUAACAUACCAUUUUGGUUCUCCUUUUUUCCACAGGUGCCUUUUUGCUAAAAAAAAUGUCCUCAUUCACAAGUAUUUUAUUUGAAAAAAAGCACCACUUACUAUAGUCAUCUUUUUAUUUAGCAUAAUAAUGUAAAAAAUGUUGUCAACAUUGAAACAAAUACACGUCGUACUAUCAGGAGUUAUAUGAGAAAGUAAUUACUCCUGUCUGAUGUAGAUAUGAAGGUCACAGUACAUGAGUUUCCGAUUACGAGAUUUAUGAACAUCAAAUAUUUGUGACAAGUUCAUAAUCUAAUAAAAUGGAAAUGAAUGCAAGAUUCUGUUUACCACAUAACUUGCUUACGUUUGCAAAAAUCUGUGAAAACUAAAUUAGUGCUUCACUCUGCCAUAUUACUGUACAUGUUUACCUUACCAAACCUUUAUUCUGCAUCAUCAUUUUUUUUAGAUAUAUCUCACCUUUAGCAUGCAGGGACUAUCCUGGUUGGAGCACUGGGCCCAUAAAAACUGAAAUUUAGCCCUCCAUAUUUCUAUUCUAAAUUUCAAAAAAAAUUGACCAAGAUUAUUUUUUCAAAUUAAAAAACAUUUACCAAAAAUUUCCCAUUUAAUUACUCUUAGCUCCCAGGAUUUUACCUUACAAAUUGACAUCAUUUAGAGUAUGUUAUACAGAGAUGAAGAAGUUCCAUCAUCUAGCACACAUUUGUUGUGAUUUUAUUUUAUAAAUGAAAUAUGAUUCAUAUGAUAACAAGUCAUGAGUAUUUGUAUUGUAAUAAAACAUUUGAUACUAAUAAAACAGCUU